AUGGCGUCUUUCGAGCCCAACGUAGAUUCAAGUAAUUCAGAAACGUCGAGAGAAUCCAAUCAAAAGAAGCGCAGGAAAAUCGGAGACCACGCCACCGAUAACAAUUCCGCCAACGCCGUCCCUUGGAGAUCCGAGGCGGAGCAGCGGAUCUACUCCCGCCGCCUCGUCGAGGCUCUCCGCCGGACUCCAUCAUCGCAGGCCAAACCUAGAGCCGCCGGCCAAGUCCGCGAGACCGCAGACCGAGUCCUCGCUGCAACCGCCAGAGGGCGAACGCGAUGGAGCCGCGCGAUUCUCGGCCGGUGGAGGAAGCUCCGCACGCAGCAUAAGAAGGCGAAGAAGGCAUCGUCCACCGGAUUGAAGAGAACGAGGAUCAGCUGCGGAGAGAGGAGGAACCGGUUAGCGGCUGUGCAGAAGAAAGCGCGCGUUCUCAGCCGGUUGGUUCCCGGUUGCCGGAAGGUCUCGUUCCCGAACCUUCUGGAAGAAGCCACGGAUUAUAUCUCCGCCUUGGAGAUGCAAGUGCGAGCCAUGACGGCUCUCGCCGAAUUACUCUCAGGCGGCGCUCCGGCUGGUCUCGAUGGUGGCGCGUUGUGUUGA